AUGCGAGCCACACCUCCCGGGCCACACCACGUGAGCCACACCUCCCGGGCCACACCUCCCGGGCCACAGCUCCUGGACCACACCACGCGGGCCACACUUUCCGGGCCACACCACGCGGGCCACACCUCCCAGGCCACACCACGCGAGCCACACCUCCCGGGCCACACCACGCGAGCCACACCUCCCGGGCCACACCACGCGAGCCACACCUCCCGGGCCACACCACGUGGGCCACACCUCCCGGGCCACACUACGCGAGCCACACCACGCAGGCCACACCUCCCGGACCACACCACGCGGGCCACACCUCCUGGACCACACCUCCCGGACCACACUACGUGGGCCACACCUCCCGGACCACACUACGUGGGCCACACCUCCUGGACCACACCACGCGGGCCACACCUCCCGGACCACACCUCCUGGACCACACCUCCCGGACCACACUACGUGGGCCACACCUCCCGGACCACACUACGUGGGCCACACCUCCCGGACCACACUACGUGGGCCACACCUCCUGGACCACACCACGCGGGCCACACCUCCCGGGCCACACCUCCCGGACCACACCUCCCGGACCACACCUCCCGGCCCACACUACGCGGGCCACACCUCCUGGACCACACCUCCCGGACCACACUACGUGGGCCACACCUCCCGGACCACACUACGUGGGCCACACCUCCUGGACCACACCACGCGGACCACACCUCCCGGGCCACACCUCCCGGGUCACACCUCCCGGACCACACUACGUGGGCCACACCUCCCGGACCACACUACGUGGGCCACACCUCCCGGGUCACACCUCCCGGGCCACACUACGUGGGCCACACCUCCCGGGUCACACCUCCCGGGCCACACCUCCUGGACCACACCACGCGGACCACACCUCCCGGGCCACACCUCCUGGACCACACCACGCGGACCACACCUCCCGGGCCACACCUCCUGGACCACACCUCCCGGGCCACACCUCCUGGACCACACCUCCCGGGCCACACCUCCCGGGCCACACCUCCCGGACCACACCUCCUGGACCACACCACGCGGACCACACCUCCUGGGCCACACCUCCCGGGCCACACCUCCUGGACCACACCACGCGGGCCACACCUCCCGGGGGCCACACCACCAACACAACCUCUGGGGCUCCACAGACACAAGACACUCGACAAAUCACAUGUAUGA